AUGGUUUUUAAAAAAAUUUUUAAUAAUUUAAUUAUGGGAAAUCACCAAGAAGGCAAGAUAAAAGGAGAUAUUUAUAUAUUUUUAGAAUCCACUAAAGUGAAUACAGGUGGGACUUUGUCAGGAACUAUUCAUAUAUCAUUGAAAGAACAAAUUUCCGAUCCACAACUUCUGAUCAUCUUCAAAGGUAGCGAAUUUGUUAACUUUAGAACACAGCACACUACAAGCACUGGAAAAUCGACAAUAACCUACCAAAUAACACACACAGGCAAGCAGCUGGUUUGCGAGCUUAAAGCAAUGCUAUUAGCUUGAUCAAAUUCAACAGUUCUUCCUGGAAACUAUUCUUUCCCAUUUCAAUUAAAAAUCUAUGAUUCAAUUCUGCCAACCUUUUAUUCGUUUGUUUCUAUUUCAAGGGAUAAAGAUUAAAAUGGCGACGGCGAACCAGCCCUUUCUCUCAACACCUGUAGCCGGGAGUCCGCUAGAAUCCGGGGACCUUGUGGAAGGGGAAAAGGUGCUCAGGUGUAUAUCCUGCUAGGUUUUUCCUUGGCACAGUAGAGCGCAAUGUCGAAUUUGGUCAACAGCAGCUCAUUCUGACACCAGGGUUUUUGCCUCAGGGGAAAUGGUUUCCAAGGUUGGAAAGGGGAAGCUCAGCGACAUCAGAAAGGUACCUUCUGAUCAAUCGGGCAACUCCCUAGCGCGAUACUGGGCGUUGCGUCCCAGGCUUUGGAUUUCCAUUUUAGCUGACAGUCCUACCAGAAAAUUUGUUUUUCAAAUUUUCGGAAUGGGCAACCUCUGUUGACUAUCUGCUGGGUGGCGUAACUCAUCCAACUCCGGGUAGCGAGUGCACAUCCUCGUCCAGGAGGAGCAGCACCUUAAAGGUCGUGAUCGAUUGGCAGUGAGCAGCUGGGUGAAGCGUGAAGGGUGAAGGUAGGGCAGGGGAAACCCUGGUCAAUACGACGGGCCUCUUAAUAAUAUAGUUAAUGUUAAUGUUAAUGUUUCUAUUUCUGGAUACGCAAAAAUUGAAUAUAAAAUCAAAGCCCAGUUGCAUGCUAAAGAUCUGAAACCUAUAAAAUAUAAGCAAAUAGUAUCAGUUUUUACAAGUAAUAUCACAUUACCUCCUGAACUAUAUCCAUCUCAAAUUACAAAUGAAAGUUUAGGUCAUGGAAGCAUUUUAUGCUGCUUUCAUAAAGAAGCUUCAACAGCAAAAAUAUGAUUGGACAGGGCUACAUUUGGAAAUACCGAUAGUAUCGAUGUUAAUUUAGAGACAAAUUUAUCUAAUUUUUCAGCGAGAAUAAAAAGGGUAGAAAUUGAAAUAAAAAAAAUUAUUUCUGUAGAUGCUAAUAAAAGCAUGAAGACAACACAAAACCAAUCACAUAGAAUGUGAAGGAAAAAUUUUUAUCCUGAAAUUUUGCCUUGGUCUGGGACUCUGAUUCAAAAGUUUACAUUACCUGUGGCAGAAAUGCUGGCAAAUGAAAAUUCUUAUACGAUGAAUUCAAAUUUGAUUAAAUGCCAGUAUGUGGUCAGAGUGAAAUUGCAUACUAAUUAUCGUUGUUUUAAGUGUUAUGGAUUCAAAGAAGCGAAUCAAGGAGUUGUGAUUCUCCCUUUUCAAGUGGAAGUGGAAAGAGUACCUCCUCCAAUUCCUCCGGAAGAAUGGAAAUCAAAUGUACUGCCUUAUUCAUCAAUAAGCUAUGAGAGUCAAGAUACAAUGUCCUCCAAUACUACUCUUGUCAGAUCAUUUGUGUCAGAAAGCUUGAUUAGAGACUUACAAGGAAGUGAUCCACUGGCUGAAAUUGAUAAAUAA